AUGCCACGAGUGAAAAUUGCAUCAAAAAUUGAUUUAAAACACCAUCUGAAAGAAUCAGGGGGCAUGCAAGAUGCAUUUGAUGAUGCAAAAGCAGAUUUCAGUGGUAUCACUGAAAAGGAUUCCGCUGAUGAAGACUUAGUCAUCGAAAAUAUUGUUCAGUCGGCGAUUGUUGUUAUCGACGAAGAUGGUGUUGAGGCUGCAGCAGCUUCUUUAUUACUACCUAGAGCAAAAGGUUUUAUUCAUCGUAUUGAGUUUAAAUGCGAUCGACCGUUUUUCUUUUUCGUCCACGAUCAACAAAGCCAUACUAUUUUGCACGUAGGAAAAUACAAUGAACCCUCAUAA